AUGCACUGCUUAAUUGUGACGAUCUUUUCAUCCAUCCUUUUCUCUUCCGGCGACAUGCUUCUGGCACCUUGUGACAGUCUGAUCUACUGCACAGGAGAAGUCCUGCGACAGGUCCAGAUGGCUAAACUGUUUGAUGAUGACAAGUACUUUGUAGAUAUGAAGUUGACUACAGCUCCUGAGGUCGUUGUGGAGGCUUUUGCAAAUCUGACCUCGACGUUCCCAAACCAGACCGUCCCAUCCACAGAGCUACAGAAGUUCCUGCAAACAUACUUUGAAGAGCCGGGUAAGGAGUUUGAGCAGUGGACUCCUACUGACUGGCAUUCAAAACCAAAAUUCUUAUCCAGGGUGUCUGACUCAAAAUAUCGCAGUUGGGCUGAAGAACUGCACGGUUUGUGGAAGUCCCUUGGUCGAAAGAUCCGUGAUGAUGUCCGAGACCAUCCAGAGCUGUACUCGCAGAUUUACACCCCGCACCCGGUCGUCGUGCCCGGAGGCCGCUUUAGGGAACUCUAUUACUGGGACUCAUAUUGGGUAUUAAAUGGCCUCCUUUUGUCUGAGAUGACCGAGACGGCUCGAGGAAUGAUUCUGAACUUCGCGUUCCUUGUGGAAAGAUACGGCUUUGUCCCAAACGGCGGUCGAGUUUAUUACGAGCGGCGCAGUCAGCCUCCCUUCCUUCCCAUAAUGGUGGAGAGCUUCUAUGAGGUCACCAGAGACAAAGACUUCCUCGGGCAGGUUUUGCCAGCACUGGAAAGAGAGUACAGCUUUUGGAUGCAGAAUCGCUCUCGUGUUGUGGCGAUAAAUGGACUGACCCACAUCCUGAAUCAAUAUAAUGUACCGGUGGACAGACCCAGGCCUGAGUCCUACAGUGAUGAUGUUGAACUGGCUGAGGGUCUGUCAACAGAGGCUCAGAAGAGACUUUGGAUGGAACUGACAUCUGGGGCAGAGUCCGGCUGGGAUUUCUCUUCUCGCUGGUAUAUAGACGGCACAGGCAGAAACAAUGGCACCCUGAGCGACACACAGACCAGCUCAAUCCUUCCUGCUGACCUCAAUGCCAUCAUGUGCCGCAAUGAGCGUCUGCUGGCCUCCUUCCACAGGAUUCUGGGCAAUGAAGAGAAGGCUGCGGACUAUGAGAAGGCACUUUCUGCUAGAAUUAAAGCGGUUGAAAGUCUACUGUGGGAUGCAGAGAGAGGAGCCUGGUUUGAUUUCAGCCUGCUGAACGACACCCGGCACCUGUCCUUCUACCCAUCCAACCUGCCACCUCUCUGGGCACACUGUUACUCGAAGCCGGAGAUGGGCGAUCAGGCCGUGCAGUAUCUGAGAGCUAGUGGAGGACUGGACUAUCCUAACGGGGUUCCCGCCUCUUUUAGUGAUAGUGGGCAGCAGUGGGACAUGCCCAACGCCUGGCCUCCGCUUCAACACAUGAUUAUAGAAGGUCUCUAUGGGCUCGAUUCAGCCCACGCUAAAGAGCUCGCCUUCAGUUUGGCCCAACGGUGGAUACAGACCAACUGGCGGGCGUACAUCAAAUAUGAGGCCAUGUUUGAGAAGUACAAUGUCAACGGUGAUGGAAAGCCCGGAGGAGGUGGCGAGUAUGAAGUUCAGUUGGGAUUCGGAUGGACCAAUGGGAUUGCUCUGCAGCUGCUGGAGCAGUUUGGUGAUAGGCUGAGCUCUGGAGGGUGUGUCCUGAAUGCCAGCAUUAUGAUUGGACUCAUCUAUCCCAUUUUAAAAUCUCUGUUCUGAUUCUGAUCAAUGAUAUCUGGAGGCUGAAGCAGAGGAAACAUGAGAAAAUCCCACAUCUCUAUUCAACAGUUGAAGCUGAAAUGAUUCAAUCGAUGUCAUUCUGUCUGACUUACUUGCUUUUUUGGGCUCCUGCUGUGUCUUUUGUCUUUAAUUUACUGAAUCAAUUCAUCAUACUGUACCUGUUGUUGUUGUUAGAAAGAGAAAACUACAUGGGUCAAUGUCCCAUA